CGCGGGGCCAUGCGGCAGCCCGGGGCGGCGGCGGCAGCAGCGGUGGUAGCGGCGGUAGCGGCGGCGGCGCCGCCUUCCUGCCCGCGGCGCGGCGGCCGGAGCGCCCCGCACAGCCAUGGGCGAUGGGUGGCUGCCGCCCGACUGCGGCCCCCAAAACCGCUCCGUCGCCGGCGGCGGGGUGACGGCGGCGCCGCCGCCCGGGAGCAAGCAGCUGCCCGCCGAGCUGCUGUCGCAGCAGUGGGCUGUGGGCAUGAGCCUGCUGAUGGCCCUGGUGGUGCUGCUCAUCGUGGCCGGUAACGUGCUGGUGAUCGCGGCCAUUGGGCGCACGCAGCGGCUGCAGACCCUCACCAACCUCUUCAUCACCUCGCUGGCCUGCGCAGACCUGGUGAUGGGGCUGCUGGUGGUGCCCUUCGGGGCCACGCUGGUGGUGCGGGGCACCUGGCUCUGGGGAUCCUUCCUCUGCGAGUGCUGGACCUCCCUGGAUGUGCUCUGCGUGACGGCCAGCAUCGAGACCUUGUGCGUCAUCGCCAUCGACCGCUACCUGGCCAUCACCUCGCCUUUCCGCUACCAGAGCCUCAUGACCAAGGGUCGGGCCAAGGGCAUCAUCUGCACCGUCUGGGCCAUCUCCGCCCUGGUCUCCUUCUUGCCCAUCAUGAUGCACUGGUGGCGGGAUGAGGACCCCCAGGCGCUGCAGUGCUACCAGGACCCAGGAUGCUGCGACUUUGUCACCAACAGGGCUUAUGCCAUCGCCUCGUCCAUCAUUUCUUUCUACAUCCCCCUCCUCAUCAUGAUCUUUGUGUACCUCCGGGUGUACAGAGAGGCCAAGGAGCAGAUUAGGAAGAUCGAUAGGUGCGAGGGCCGGUUCUACGGCAGCCACGAGCAGCCGCAGCCGCUCCCGCCCCCUCACCACCAGCCCAUCCUCGGCAACGGCCGAGCCAGCAAGCGGAAGACCUCCCGCAUCAUGGCCAUGAAGGAGCAGAAAGCCCUCAAGACUUUGGGCAUCAUCAUGGGGGUGUUCACCCUCUGCUGGCUCCCUUUCUUCCUGGUGAACAUCGUCAACGUCUUCAACAGGGACCUGGUGCCGGACUGGCUCUUUGUUUUCUUCAACUGGCUGGGCUACGCCAACUCCGCUUUCAACCCCAUCAUCUACUGCCGCAGCCCCGACUUUCGUAAGGCCUUCAAGAGGCUGCUCUGCUGCCCCCGGAAAGCUGACCGGCGGCUGCAUGCCAGUGGCGGGGAGCUGGCCCGGCUGCCUGGGGGCUUCAUCAGCACCGUGGGCUCCCCCGAGCGCAGCCUGGGAGGGACCUGGUCCGACUGCAAUGGGGGCACGCGGGGCGGCAGCGAGUCCAGCCUGGAGGAGAGAAAUAGCAAAACGUCCGAUUCGGAGUCCAAGGGAACAGUCAGGCUAAUGGAUUUGCAUUGCCUUCUGCUUCUGUUCAUCAGUCUAGUUGCAGGAUGCUUGCUGGUCCUCUUCAGUGCUGCCUGCAGCCCUCAUCUAGGUCUGAGCACCGUGCACAAGGUGGGCAGGAGCCUGCCAGGAUCAUCUGUGCUGCUGUCUGCUCUUGCCACCAGCAACCAUUCCUCAGCAGGUUAUUGCAGAUCUUUGCACACAAUGAGAUGGUCGCUGUGGGUAUAACUGCUGGUGAAGAGGUGCCAGGCAAUCUAUAAACUCUGUGCCAACAGACAUGUUAAGAUACACACAAGUGUUAGUGCGGGCGUUUCCUUAACAAUGUUUUAAACCACCCAGAGCAGAUGCGUGGACCCAGAUCACGAGGUGCAGAGAGUGACCAAGUGAGGGACCUUCUCCCCCACCCCCCAGGCUGUGAGCAGGGUUGAUACUUAGGCCCAGUUGAAUGCCUGAGGUUCCAGAGGGCUCUGACAGUUAGAGCUGUCCUAACUGUUGGUUUGCUUGCACGGGUAGGUCUGGACAGCCUGUGCUGGUGAAGGAAAGCCGAGGAGCCACCGAGGCCCCGGCAGCGUUUUCUUGUUCUAUUUCCAGCCCUGCUUUUAAAGAUACAAUGGGCUUCAGAUCAGAUGCAUUUCUGAAGCUUAUCUGUAUGAAUAUUUGACUGUUUAUCCAAAUGGAACAAAAACCUUCAAACCUUCUGAGGUCCAUCCAUCACGAGCCUUAUCUCCCCAUGUCACUGUUCAGCUCCCAGCCGCUGCCGCUCAGAGCCUCCUGCCACCCGGGGCUCAGCUCUCCCCACCAGCUUUCCAUCUCCCCUCUCUGGGCGGCUUCGCAGCAUUAUCCACAGUUAUGUCCUUGGCUCCCUGGCACUUCAGUGAUGGCCUCUGCAUCGCAUGCAGGAGCAGCAGGCUGGGCUGCUGCACGGUUUACAGCUAGCCAGCAUCCUGACAGGCUCCAUUUGUGCUGCUGUAUUGCAGCCCAUCAUCUCCAUCGUACAUAUGGCCACCGCCACGACCAGAGCAGAGCACACUGACUCUGCUUGGCCCCAGGAAAGGAGAACAUUUGUCUUUUUUUAUGGGAUAUUAAUGAAGCCCGGACGAAGGAAUGCAGUCUCCUCUAGCUGAGGUUCAAAGACUGAAAUAUCCAAGGAGAAUAUUUCUGAUCCCCUCUCUGGUAAAAAGGAGGUUUUGUAAGAGGUUCUCUAAAUCCCAGCUGUUGGGUAGGGGAGGAGGGGAUGUCAGCCCUUACCACUGGUCUCCUCUGGCAGAGGCAUCCUCACGACUGCAGUCAGGCUGCUUGAGAUCGCAGCACCCCUAAAAACCCAGGUGGGCUCUGCCCCUUGGUAGGUGAGCAAUGGCACGUGAGCCACCGAGAUGCAUGAGGAGCAUGGUGAGCGUGCAGGGGGGGCACCAGCAUCAAGCAGCCCUGUGGAGGUUGCUGGCCGGGUAAAAGAGCUGCAUAGUUAGUGUUAUGCCCAACCUAUGGAGUGCGUUGUUCAGCCUUGUCAGAAGAGCCUUUGCGGUGCUUGGUAUCGGGGCCACAGGACAUUUCUUGCUUUGAAGCUAAGCUGGCACAAGAAGUCAUCUGCAGUCCUGCCAUCCUGUCAAAGCUGUGGCCAAAAACAACAGGGUAAGGGCUUUGGAAAGAGCCACCCAUCCACAGCGUAACUGAGUAAAAAUGGGGACCUGGCUGGCUCAGGGCUUGAGAACAGCUUUUAAGCACAUCAGUGGUUGAAAUCCUGUGCACAACGGCGGGGAUCAGAGGUCUCUGCUGCUUGGUACUGCCUGGUCUUGGCCCAGAUCUAGACAAGCUUUGGCACUGGGGUGGCCUUUUCCCAUGGGGACCAUUUUCCUGUGGUCCUUUUCACAGGAGAUUCUGACCUGUGGGCUGUUGUUGCUCUCCUCCCUGUGGUUUUAAUUCUUUUCUCUGUUUUGAUAGUCAGAAGGGUAAAACAAAUUCCUGUCUCAUAUAUAACAAUGAAUUUGACUCACUAGCAAGAGAAUAAAUGUACUUUUUAUACUGUGGUGUAUGGUAAGCUAUUUAUAAAUAUCAUAUCACUUCUGGGUCAUCUUCAGGGUUUAAAAUAAAGUUUUAAUUUAAACAUAAUUUUCCAGUGUUGACAGAUAUGAUAAAUACAUUUUUGUUCCAAUAAAACCUAAUUUUGACAAUGUUUUGCAAAAAUCAUUACAAGCUGAGGAUUAGGCCCCUGAUUUUUUUGCUUUGUUUGUCUCCAUGUUCCAGUGUUUAGUUUAAUGUUACAUUCCAUUAUAGAAAAAAACAUCUGCGACUGCAGUAAGUCGUUCACCAAGGCCUCUGCUUAAGGAAUGGGAGGGUGCUCUUGAAAAGAAUGAUGAAGAGAGGAGUUAGCUCAUGUCACAGAGACCUUGGGGCAGUUGCAGUAACCCUCUGCACCAUUAAGGGACUUGAUGCCUUCCUUGCAGCUCCAUGGGGGAUUAAAAGUUACCACCACUGGGAGAUACCUGACCUUGAAGGGGCCCAGGACACUUAAUCUGGUGCUGGAGCACACGUGCUGGGUCACAGCCCAAGCUCCCAGGCCUGCAUGACCCCACUGCAGCGUGAUGACAGCAGUACGUUAGCAUUGCUUCAGGGAAUUACACACUUGUGCGACAGCCCAGGACCAGAGGGGCCUGUCCCCGGGGCGCCAGUGGCACAUGAGACUUCUUUUACACUCAAACUCCCUCACUUAAGUCAUGCCCACCGGUGUGAAGAUGCUGGCCACCUCCUCCGCUCCAGAGCAUCCGUCCCCUCUGCCAAAGACUCUUUCCCUGGCUUCACGACCAGCGCAGAACCAGCCCUCGGGGCACUGCUGCUAAACCCUGCAGCAACUAUAGGCAAUUGAGCUAACCUCGAUAUUCAAGGCAAUCCCCCCAAAAAGCCAAACAAGAGGGCACAGUGGGACAGAUUUCAUGUCUGGAAGGUGAGGUUAAACAGAUGUCCUCUGUCUACAGGAGAGUUGCAUUCCUGUUGCCUGAGCUACCCAUCCAUUGCUGAGCUGAGUCCCUCCAAAAUGUCUCUGGACCUUCUCUGGUUUUCCUGCUUUCCCAUGUAAACAAACAGCUCUGAGGAAGAUCUCUUUUUCUGUAAUCAAAUGUUUUCAUUCUGCAGUAAAACAGCUCUUACAUCAGUAUUAAUCAUACCAUUGUACCGUGGAUGCAAAUGCUGCAUAACAAAGCCCUUACAUGUUGUAAGGUGAGUGGGUCAGCUCCUGAGCUUUGAACAGCAAAAGUACAAGGAACGAUGAUCAGGAAAACUUAUUCUGAAGUACUUUAAAGCUGCUGUCUGUCUUCUGAGCCCCGCAGCUUGCAGCCCAUAUUGCUCACACCACCUCCCCAUUAGUCAAACAAGAGACGAUGCUAUUUGGAGAGCAAGUCUGUGUGCUGGAGACAUGCAAGCACCGACGCUUGUAUCCACAUGGACUGGCCUUCACCUGUGAGGAGCCUCCAGCUGCUGUGCUGAAAAUACCUGCGAAAGGGGCAUCCGGAAGGGGAGGGAGGCCUUCUUCUGGUGGGUUGCCAUGUUGCUCAGGCUGCUUUCAUGGCGAUACCUGGAGGUCGCCAUCCGGCACAGCCAGCUAUGAUAAUCCUUUCAGUGGGAACAGGUGCUGGAGGAUAAUCCUGCCGUUUUUCUUGGUUAUGGUUUGCUUCAGUCACUAAGAGUGAGCAAACAGAAUUAUCAUAGCAGCGACUCAGGAGGUGAAGUUACCGGCAUUGUGUGUCUGUGGCUCUGUGGACGUUCGUUUCCCAGGCAGAUGCCAGCUUUGCUGAGCAGCCUGCCCCGGCGAGGGCAGCGGGUCAGCGGGUGAGCCGUCGGCUCCUGGGGGCUUCACUGCCGGCUUCUGCCAGUGGUCCCCACUCAGGUCCCCUCAUGGACGAGGCCUGGAUCCCAGAUGCAAAGCCCAUGCUCUCUACAGAAAGUUGCCUCCCCCAGUUGCAAGUGGGAUGGAGACUGCCCAGCCGUGCAGCGGCCGAAACCUGGGCUGGGCCAAGGCACCGGCGGAGGGAGGACGAGGGGCAGCAGCUCCAGCCGGGCUGCCAGGUCUGCUCCGGCGGGGAAAGCCUGAGGCACUGCAACCCCCCUGGGGUUUACCCCUCCCUGUGAUACUUCAGAGCAAGUCUGCCCCUGCCUAAGUGCGAGAUCAUGCUUCCAGCAGACUUUACUGUAUCGUCAGGUUUUGUUUUAAAUCCCCACAGUGGAUUUAUCCAUUCCCUCUCAGUCCUCCUCCACCGCUCUUAGAGACCAGCGUGCACCCUGGUGACACUCCUUGCUACGCGAAGUCAGUGCCUCUCUGUUCCUGUUUUGCCACCUUUUCCUUCUGCUGAUAACAACCCCUGAUAGCCCCCCCCCGGCCAUUCCCUUCUCCACCAGCGAAGGAGGACAUGUGAGGUUCAUGGCACCAGCCUUCACGCAGUGUCUACGCACAGGCAUCUGCUCCCCUUUACUGGUUUGCUUUGGGACUUAGCUGACACCUAAUUUCAGUAACAGCAAAGUAAUCGAGCUUGGCUUCAUGGUUUUGUGACAAUCUUGGCCCAAAGCUGUUUUAAAUAACGAAUUGCAAAAUAAGCAUACGUGUACAGAGACGAAUACCAAACUGCAGGAAUAGGAACUAGAGACGUGCAGCUCAGGAAGGGUUGUUAAAGCUCCAGCUUGUAGCCAUGCUGAUAAGGCAGUUUCCAAGAAGUUGCCCAGCCCUUAAAUUCUAGAAACUCUGUCUUCCCAGGUCAAUAACCUUUUAUGGACUGAAUCCUGGUGUCAUCCUACAAGCAAACACGGUCCAGGCAGGACCUUCUGCAAGUGAUACGAGAGAAAGGAGAGCAUGUGUUGCUAAGAAGGGACCCAGAAACUUUAUAGCAUAGAAAACCAAAACACAUAGUGAAAAGCACAUUUGGUAAAUCUGGUAGUUUGGCAAAGCAAAAGAAAUUGCUUCAUGCAACUUCAUUUUCUUUGGUCAUGCCUCCUCCUUGCCUGAGAGGGGGUCGAGGCUGCUGCUCUGCCCUUCCUGCGCUGCACAGGCAGCGGGUGGCAGAGCUGCAAGGCUUGGACGCCCUCCAAGGUCUCCCCUCUUCCCCCAGAGUGCUCGAUCGGCCCCGGGAGCAGGGCUCUGCACCCAGGCUGCCCCGACACCAGCUCCCCCCCAGCUCCACGCCCUGCUGUGCACCAGCCUUAACCUCAGACGUGAACAGAGGCUCUUUGGAGAGAUUUUCCAUAGCAUCCUGCAGCUCCGUUUUAGCAAAAAUGUUCAGUGUGGCUCCAGUGAGAGCACUGAGACAGGGCUGAUGAGACUCAGUUUGGCACUCUCAUUUCAUGGGGAUUUUUUAAAAUAUUUUAUGCAGGUGCGGGAGUUGACACAACAGAGCAUGCACCGUGUUACAGUCCGUCCAGCUUGUGUGCAAACAUUGCUAGUCCCUUUUUAAAACUCUUAAGAGUUGUUUCAUAAACACAACAUAUUUUGCUUAAUUUCCAAAUCAUGUGCCAUUCCCUUAGCAGGCCCGGUGGUGCAGGAGCCGCCCAUGCGGACAGGGGCUGCAGCCCUGCGUCCUGCAGAACACCCGUGUCCCUGCCAGGGCUGGCAGCAGAGCCAGGCAGAGGCUACCACCUGCUGGACCUUUCUCAUUGACUCCCUGCUCCGACCCUCUCCACGAUGCCAUUUACUGACGGCACCGGCCGCUUUCUGGGCAGCCGCAGAAGUGCUGUGUGCUGAGCAUCAUGGCACAAACACCUCUCGCUAGCUCUUCAUCAGUAACAGAGCUAUUGAUGUGUAAGCUGCGUAAACAGUGAGGAUGCUCUAUGAGUAGCUUUGUGGGCCUGACCUUUUUGUUCCUCGUUUGGGGUCUGAUGCGUGUUUUGCAGAGUCUGGGUGUGCUCUCUUCCUUGUUGGCCCUGCAGAACAGGGGCACCUUUCCGAGCUGAGCCAAAUUGCCAGAGUUUUGCUGAAUUGGGGAACCUGGUAUUUCCUGAAACUUGCUCCUACCAAAAAAAAAAAAAAAAAUUAUUCUUCCAACAGUCCUUAAUGGGGUAAAAAAAUCAUGCAUACCGGAUGCACACCUGCCUGAAUAUGCGUGGGAUCCCACCCUUGCAUGGGGGGUCUUGGGGGUCUUCAUGGGAAGCACCCUUGCAUGCCUAGAGGUUUUCAUGGGAAAUGAUGCUAGAGCGUGAACCCAGCUCUGCCAUGUAAUCGUGCAUCAUCGUGCAGGCAGCAGUCCCGAGCAGGCAAGUCGGGUCCACAGGGCUGCUGCUUUUGCAAGGGUGCAGGACCUGGCCUGUGGAAUCCAGGCAAGCCAGGAUCAUGUUUGUUCCAUUCAAGGAGCUCAGGCAAAUGACUCCUGUAGCUCACCCUGACUCUUGCAGGCUUGAGAUUAAGGGACUUGGUACCCAGUUUGGAUGGGCAAACUCUGGGGCUGAACAACCACUGCUGCCGACAUGUCCAGGGGGGCUCAUGGUGCUGCAGCAUGUGCAUUUCCAGGGCAGAGACUUUGUUUUUGCACUCAGCAUGCUGAAUGCUGUCAGCGUAAUUUCCUGAUCUAGACUUUUUUUGAUUGACCUGCUCUUGUGAACUGCCCUGAGCCUUGGCAGGUCAUGCUAGCUUGCACCUACAACACGUCAGACCUCGGCUGCCCAGUUAUCCAGGCUCCAGGAAGGUCACUGGAAGGACUCCAGUGGCCUCAAAUAGGAGUUGACUCAUGCCCCAUGAGAUCAAAACAAAAUGUCUCUGCAUAUGAAAAAAUAUUAUGGAAACUGUAUCAUUCAUGCACAAAAACCUCACUUCAAACUUUAUCAUAUAAAAUACAUAAUAUUGUAAAUGGAAAGAAAAAUUGCAUGAGGCCUGGCGUGCAUUAAAAUUGUUGGCCUGUGAAAAACAUCCCUUCCCAUCAACACAGCUGUUUCCUGGGGUCUGGCACACAAGUAGGCAUCUGAAGCUAGAAAACUUGGACCCUUUCUGCACUUGUUUCUCUGUAGCAGUAAUUAAUUUCUAGUCUCAUCCCUUGUCUUGUCAGGAGUGACCCAGAGCAAAUGCUUACGAUGGAGUUAUCAAUAUGAGGCGAUGUGGCAGUGUGACAGGUAUGCUUCAGGACCUCAUAAAGACAGCAGGAGCACCAGAGAGUGAUGCCUGGGGCACAGAUAGGUGCUGAGGCCACCCCACAAGCAGGCUGCAGCACUUGGCUCACUUAGGUCUUUGUGGGAGGUCUGACUCUGUGGUCAAAUCCUGCCCCACUGAUGCUGGCCAGGAUUUGACCGUGGUGCUCAGCAAUGCAGAGUCCCUGCGGUUUCCACAGCUGCCAUCUGCAGCUUGAUCGUAUUCCAGCAAUAGCUGAUUGCCAUGGCCCAGGGAGCAGGAUUUAGCAUAUCACCUUGAGGAAAAGAGCAGAGGAAGGCUUGGCAUGCACAGCAAAUGCAAUUCUUAGAGAAAAAAUGAAUUAAUGUGGGUAUUAACCAGCAAUUUGUCAUACAGCCUCUAAAGCCAGCUUCUGCUGUUGUGAAGUGUGCAGUGAAAAGUGACGGAUACUUCUGCCUCUCCUCUGGCUUCUCCAAAGUUCUUCGGCGCUGGGAGCAGGUGAACACCACCAAGGCUGUUUGCUGCUCAGCAGGCAGGAGAAGCCACGAUGAUGGUUUCAACUGCUGACUGCAAGUGGCUCUUUGACCUGGAGCCAUGGGGCAAACUGUAGCUCAGCCUUUCCCUCUGUGCCGUGCUUCCCUCCUUGAGCAGGAGCACCAGGAGCUGGCUGCGGGCACUGCAGGAGCGCCGUCUGUCUCCUCGCAGGCUGGACCUGAAGCAGUUUCCAUGUAUCGCUCUGCUGUGCCCCACCACCCUGCCGACACCUCUGUGACAGAGAGGUCCCACCGCACGCUCUCCAGCACCUGGGCCUGAAUGCACACACGUUCAAACUUCAAGUGAUACACAGCCAGGUGAAAUAACCCAUCUGCACCAUUUGUCCACUACUGCAACCAAAUUACCCUUUUUUUACCCCAAAACACAUGCAGUUCAGGCCAAAUGGUCACACUGUACAAACCCAUCAGUGAUCCGCAUGCCUAAAGAGUGCAAGAGCUGUGAGGUGGCUGACGGGCUCUUGGGCUCUCCUGCUCUCCUGCCCCAGUGUUAUGGGUUGGCUGUGGAAUGUGGCUCAGCUAACUGGGCUAUACUGGUUCCCCGCUGGAGCCUCUUCCCCUAACUGACAUCAGGAGACAUCCAGCUGCGAUGACUAAGCUCUUCUUACAUUCCAGAAAUCCAACAAAUAAAUGUUUCUUGAAAAUAAA